GGGGGUUGGACUAGAAGACCUCCAAGGUCCCUUCCAACUUUAUUAUUAUUAUUAUUAGGAGGAGUAGUAGUAGUAUAUUAGUAUUAUUAGUAUUACAUGUUCGGGGGUCUGUGAUUGCUUUUUGCAACCUUUUGACAAGCAAAGUCAAGUGGGGAGCUGGAUUCACUUAGCAAACAUGUUACUAACUUAACAACUACAGUGAUCCACUUUCACAACUGUGUCAAGAAAGGUUGUAAAAUGGGGCAAAAUUCACUUAACAACUGUCUCUCUUAGCAACAGUAAUUUGGGUCCCAGUUGUGGUCUUAAAUUGAGAACUACCUGGAGACCAAGGACGAGACUUUUGAGUUAGCUCUGGGCCUCUGUGAAAUUCCACGAGGCAAAUUCUUAGCAUGAAUAGAUUGCCUUUCCUGACUAAACCUAUAUGUAAUUUUGGAUCGAAGCAUUUCUGUGUGCAUGCAUGUAUAUAAAAGUGCCAUUUAUCAUACAUGUCAGCUUACCCUGGACUUCCCUUCAAGCGAGGGUCAGUGACGUGUGGGUCCAGCCAAUGAUGUGCCCCCCCCUUCUCUUUCAGAACAAAGUGGGCAAGUGCAUCUGUCUAGAAGCAAGAUUUUUUGUGUGUGUGUGGGCAGAACACACUUGGAAACAAAGAAUGUUUCCAUACUGGGCUUUAAUGCUUUCCCGUAGUUCUUUCCAGCAAGUGAGGCUGGGCUGGAAAGAGAACGGAUGCACUGCACGCAUGCUCCAGCAUCCGCAGCCCCCCCCCAUCUCUUUCUCAUCCCUGAUCUCCUCCCCUCUUCUCUCCUCCACCCCUGCUAGGAUUUGCCCAGAAGGAAAGGAACUAGCUCAUCUACUGAUGGGGAAAGGAGGGGAAAGGGAGGAGGCUGAUCUGUCACUGGGAAUCUCUCCAGCAUCCUCCCAGUAGCUGGCUUUAUCCAGGAGCAGCUGGGACUCUGGGUAUUUCAGCACCAGCAGCUCUGGACAGCUCCAGAUUCAUUGAACUGGUACUUUGAGCUACUGGCUGAAUCCACCCAGAGACCGACGUCAUCACACAAAAGAAAGAGGCGAAGCAUCCUUGUUGGGUGCCCCUUUGAUCUGCACUAGAUCCUGCUUUUCCCUGGAGCCCCACAGCGGGGUUUUCUCCUAAACCAUGGGCAGAAAGAUGCUUCUCAGCCUGUUAACGGUGUUGUCCUUGAUCGUAGGCCAAAUGUUUGGCUUCCCAAAGCCGGAAGGUGCAAGAGAAGAUAAAACAAUAUACAACAGAGAACUAAGUGUAGAGAGACCACUGGAAGAACAGAUUGCUGAAGCAGAGGCAGACAAGAUGAAGAAAUCACCCAGGACUGAUCUUCCAGAAAAUAAGCCAGAAUUCAGGAAUUAUUCAUUUGUGGAUGACUUGAACCUGCUGAGAUCUGUUGUGGAAAAAGGCAGAAAAGAAAAGGAAAUGGAAUCGGUCAGGAGUCCUCUGUAUAACCAACAGCUUGCUCUUGAUGAUGCAGAUUCCACCAAGAGACGCAGGCUGGUGGAUGAGUAUGACUCCACUAAAAGUGGUGUGGAUUAUAAAUACCAAGAUGACCCAGAUGGACUUCAUCAACUUGAUGGGACCCCAUUAACAGCUGAAGAUAUUGUCCAGAAGAUUGCCAUGAGAAUUUAUGAGGAAAAUGAUAGAGGCAUCUUUGACAAGAUAGUUUCCAAGCUUCUAAAUCUGGGCCUGAUCACCGAAAGCCAGGCCUACACCCUAGAGGAUGAAGUGGCUGAAGCACUGCAGCAGCUGAUUGCUAAUGAAGCCAAAGACCAGGAAAAGGCAUUCAGGGGUCUUGAGGAUCUCCCAAGCAAGAGUGACAGUCAGACCAAAGAGAAGCAGAAAGUAAAACCGGUGUUAAAAAGUACUGAUCCAGAUCAUACCUUGGAUAAUACAUGGGCACCCACCAACAUCUUAGAAAGAAGAAAUGAACUGCCCCCAGAGGAUCGCUUUGAGGACCUCCAAUACUUCCCUAAUUUCUAUGAACUAUUAAAAAGCCUUGACUCGGAGGAAGAAGUGAAAGAAAAGGAAACCUUGAUAACAAUCAUGAAAACUCUAAUAGAUUUUGUCAAGAUGAUGGUUAAAUAUGGAACCAUCACACCGGAAGAAGGCGUUUCGUACCUAGAAAAUCUAGAUGCCAUGAUAGCCCUACAGACAAGAAAGAAACUUGAAAAAUCCAGUUCCCAGAACAAGCUAUCAGCCAAGAGCACCGACGAAGCCGACAGCACAAAAACAGCCACGGCUGAAAUGGAAAAAGAAUACGAAGCCCUGAAAGAUUCCACAAAAGCCGAGGAGGAAAACGUAGGAAGCAACAAAGAACCUAAAGGAAAAGCAGAGGCGUAUUUGGAAGCCAUCCGAAAGAAUAUAGAGUGGCUGAAGAAGCAUAACCCACAGGGAAAGAAAGAUGAUUAUGACCUUUCUAAACUGCGGGAUUUCAUAGACCAACAAGCCGACGCUUACGUGGACAAGGGCAUCCUGGAUAAAGGAGAGGCUGAUGUGAUCAAACGUAUCUAUGGCAGCUUGUAAA